AUGGUGGGUGCUGCUGCGUUUCUGGCGGGUGUGUCUCGGAUGACUAUAUCCCUUGCUGUCAUCAUGUUCGAACUCACAGGCCAACUCUCUUACACCGUCCCGUCUAUGCUCGCCAUCCUAACCGCAAAAUGGGUCGCCGACGCAAUCUCUUCAGAAGGCGUCUACGACCUCGCUCAAUCCCUACUCUCCCACCCUUUCCUCGACCCAGAUACCGCUCUCUCCAUCGUCCGCCGCCACAAAGCCUGCGUCGAGGUCCUCAUUCCCCCUCAGCGCACCAUGGAUGACAUUACCGUUCACGUGCCUACAAGCAAUAAAGUAGCUUUGACUCUGUUGAAAGAGAAGCUCGAUUCCUUGAGAGAAAGAGGUCUCAUGGACGCGGGUCUGGUUCUAGUACAGAAGAAUGAUGGCGGCAUUGAAGUAUUACAAGGGUACAUUUCGCAGUCGGAGCUUGAAUUUGGAUUGACGAAACUCGUUCCUGGUGUGCUUGUAUCGGCGCAGGAAGAGGAUGUCCAGGUUAGGUUGCUAGGCCAGGAUAUUGAUGAGCCGACGAGUCCCAUGAGCUUGGAGAUGGAUUUGACGCCUUUUGUGGAUCGGACGCCGUUGAGCAUCUGUGCGAAAGCACCUCUGGAAUAUGCUGUCGAGAUGUUCUCCAAGUUGGGUCUGAGGUAUCUCAUGGUGACAAAGGAGGGCACAGGACAACUGGUGGGUGUGAUUAUCAAGAAGAGGCUCGUAGGUUAUCUAGAACACCUGAGAGAACAUGGCGAAGGAGAUUAG